AUGACGACCUACAUAGACGAAAAGCAGAGCUCGCGGCGCCAGGACAUCCAGAACAAUGUCUUCAAGGGCCCCCGAUCUCUGCACGACUACUACGACCCUGAUUUGUGCCCCCCACUGCCCCUCGUGGAGCUGCCAAAAGAGCUGAACCCGUAUCUCGAAUCCCAUGGCGUUCGUAUCUAUGCCAAGAUGAUGUCGGUGUUGCCAGCGACAAAUGUCAAGUCGCUACCCGCGCUCAACAUGCUUCUCGAGGGCGGCCUCGAUGUCAAGAAGGGACUUAGACCUCACACCAUUGUCGAGUACUCCUCUGGGUCGACAGCCAUCAGCCUCGGCAUCCUCGCCAGGAUAAUGGGCGUGGAGUCAGCUCAGACCUACAUCUCAAACAAGACGUCAGCUGCCAAAUUGGCACUGCUCCGCUUCUUUGGUCUGGAGCUGACGCUGUUCGGCGGGCCCUCGCAGCCGGAACCUGAAGAUGAACGUGGAGGUAUUCGUGCGGCGAAUCGUUUGGGCGAAAAGGAAGGCUUCUACAACCCCGAUCAGUAUUCCAACACAGCUAACUACCGAGCGCACCAGCGUUGGACAGGGCCUCAACUUCUCAAGCAGCUCCCCGAAGUCAGUCUGGUUGCAGCGGGCAUGGGUACCGCGGGCACCAUGACGGGUAUCGGCCUCAGCAUCAAGGCACAGAAGCCCGACGUAUACCGGCUCGGCGUAUGCACCGCCACCGGUGACCGUGUCCCAGGACCGAGGACGGAGCCGCUGCUGGCCCCCGUCACUUUCCCCUGGAGGGAGGCCGUGGAUGAGAUUGAGCAUGUGACGAGCGCCGACGCAUAUCGUCACUCGCUGACCUUGUGCCGUCACGGUCUUCUUGCUGGACCUUCCUCGGGCCUCACGCUGAUGGGCGUUUUCCAGCACCUCGAAAAGCGCAUUGCCAACAGUAGCCUCGACCAGAUCCGAGACCCUGCGACAGGCAACGUGAACGGUAUCUUCAUCUGUUGCGACCUGCCGUACCAGUACGUGAGCGAGUACUUUGACAAGCUCGGUGAGGCACACUUCAAGCCGAUCCAUAACGAUGUCCUCAUCGGCAGCGACAAGCACCGCUACGAUGAGGCGUGGGAGCUGAACCGUAACGAGGCUCAGGACUUGUGCAAAAAAGUGGGCUCAGAAGUCAAAGUGGUGGACCUUCGAGGCCCACAAAAGGCCUGCCAGGUCUUUGAAGAUCGCGCAGUGCAGGCGCUCGACCUUGACUGCCUGAAGGAUGGAGAGUCGCGAUGCCCCUUUUCAGACGCCCAUGUACUCCACCAACAAUGGUCGUCGAUCGAAGCCACGCUCGACGACGACGAGAGCAAAUCCUGGCGGCCAUCUUCGAGCGACGGAGAGGUGCUCGUCCUGUGCGCAAACGGGAACACUGCACGCGUGGCAACAUCCUGCAUGAGGGCCAGGGGCAUUCAGGCCUUCUCUCUCUUUGGUGGUCUGGAUCGCGACGCUUGAACGUGGGCCAACCUUAUCUGGAGUCAACCUACUCCCCCAUCCUGUCGCAUGAUUUUCAUUACGCGUUGAUACAAAAAUGACUUUACAUACAGUACACUUUCUCUUCAUUUCCCUCGCUCAAGAGAUUGAGGA